AUGAUGGGGCAUUAUUCCUCCCACUGACACCAAUGAUGGGGCACUAUUCCUCCCCCCACUGACACCAACGAUGGGGCACUAUUCCUCCCCGCACUGACACCAACGAUGGGGCACUAUUCCUCCCCGCACUGACACCAACGAUGGGGCACUAUUCCUCCCCCCCACUAACACCAACGAUGGGGCACUAUUCCUCCCCCCCACUAACACCAACGAUGGGGCACUAUUCCUCCCCCCCACUAACACCAACGAUGGGGCACUAUUCCUCCCCCCCACUAACACCAACGAUGGGGCACUAUUCCUCCCCCCCUGACACUAAUGAUGGGGCACUAUUCCUCCCCCUACUGACACUAAUGAUGGGGCACUAUUCCUCCCACUGACACCAAUGAUGGGGCACGAUUCUUCCCACUGACACCAAUGAUGGGGCACUAUUCCUCCCACUGACACCAAUGAUGGAGCACGUUUCUUCCCACU